UCGAGUUUACUAGGAUCCCGUCAUGGAUAAAAUAUACUAAACGUUGAGUGGAGUAUGUGUUCAUCGGGUGGUCAGAAUAUUUUGAAGUUACAAUGAUUCAGUGUGAUCUGCUUCUGGUUAUCCUCUUUCUACCUACAGUGCACCUUCUUGGAGUAGAGUUCACGUGUCCAAUAUUCAAAGAUGGACAAAAUAUUGUCGCCUGCAAGAUCAACAGGACAGCUGUCGAGGCUGCGGAUUGCGAGUCUGUGCAAGAUUAUGUGACUCUUGAAAAAACACUACUUUUCAAGAAUACAGUAAUGAUAAAUUCCACCGAAAGCUUUAAUCUGUCAAAUUGCAGACCUGCUCAAGAGCCUGUCCCGGAUGGUUGCUGGUGUGAGGAAUCAAAUCGAGAGGUGUUCGACUACAAGUGUGCCUUUAAGGCCAAUCGAAGCAAAGAUAUCGAUGCAAAGCUGGAAUGCAAAAUUUGCAUUUUACCAAAGAAUCCUCUUGAAGAAAGCAUAAACGAUAAUUGCAAACGUAUGCACUUUGGCAGAUCAGAGUCAGAGGAGGGUUUGAAUGUUGGUCUCAUUGCUGGUGUCAGCGUAGCAGUUAUAAUUGUUUCAGCGAUCAUAUUUGUCGCCAUUAUAAAAAGGUCAUCAUUAUUCGAAGUGGUGCGAAAGUAUAUCACCCUCUGUAGGACCUGAGCUACGAAAAUGGGCCACAAAUACAAGAUUGAUCACGAAGUUCUGUGUGUGUCACGACACCGCUAAGUGUCUCUCACUCACUUCCUUUCGUCACACUUGCAGGGUCAGACAAAUACGCGUUCUUUCAUACAAAUAAACAAAAUAAUUUGCCUGAGGGAGUCUGCCUAUUUUUACUGAACAAAACAAAAUAACGUAUAUAAAAAAAAAAUCUUAACUACGAUCUAUAACCUUCAUUGAAACUGAUAUUCCUGUAUACACAAUUUUCCACUGUAUUUCAACGGGCACAGACGUAACGGCUAGGCGUUGACAUGUCGCUCUCUAAUGUUUCUACUGAUCGCAAAGCGUUUUUCUACAAAUAAAUACUGGCACAACGUGUGGGCAUUGCCUUUUGAUCUCGCACAAAUAUUACGAUGUAAAUGUCUCGGCAUUUAGCAUCCAUGUUAAACCUGAAAAUAUUCUCCCCUCAUAGUCAAAAAUCCAGCAGUUAGUCCCCUCACGCUUAGCUCUCCCUCACCAUUCUCCCGUCCUCCCUAACUCCUCUCCCCCCUCUCGUCACACUUCUCUUUUUUAGAUCAUCGAUAAACGAAUUCCGAAAACUGUCGUCAUUCACGCUCUUUCGUCCUUGCACGUGCGCUUAGUCCUCCCACUCCAACUAGAUAUGUGACAUUGUGAGAGAGAGAGAGAGUUAUGACAUCUAUGUAAAUAUCUAUGUUUACUCUUGUCAGUCAUGAGCCACGGCCUACGCUGAAUAAAGUCAAAGUACACACACGUAGCCAAGGUUGCAACUUUAGCUCCUGACAAAAUUAUAUAACUUUUUCCGGACGAAAUUACAUUUUUUGACUUUCUAUUUGUAAUGUUUUGAUUUUUCUGUAUUACUUUGAUUCUAGUCAGAAGUGAGCCGUUUUUAACCAUAGUGAUCAUUUGUGGAGUGUGUAUUAAAAUUUCCUGUAUUUGGGUGGUGUCUGGCAAUUGACGAUCUCGAAUUAAGUCUAGUCGCCGCAUGAGUGUCGUUUUCCUCCAGAAGGUUAUCUGUAACUGGGUCGCACGUGUCCUCAAAGCUUGCAGCUUCCAUGCAGAUCUUUUUACAGUUUACUAUCUCAUAUUUUUUUCAUUGUUAUCCUUUUGGAACAGACGUUAGACUUUUUCAUUUUUGUGGCAACUCAAUAUUUAUAUUGCACUGUUUUGGGUAUGCUACGUUAAAGCGUCAGUAACGGAUGGUCUAGUCAACCAGGGAAUACCACCGUACUAUCAAUUAUAUAUAUAUGUGUGUAGAAAUGAGAAAGCACUAGAGUUUUGUAUUGAAAUAAAGUGUUAAAAAUAAAGAAAAACUUAUGUUCACAUUGUUGUGUGUACUGUUUAUUUUUGAUCAUUUUUUUCCAAUCGUUCCUUACCCCUCCUCGUUUUGUUUUUGCUUGUUUUUUUUUUUUUUUAUUUUGUUUUUUGGGGGUGAGGGUAUUUCUGCAUUGGUAACGCAUGAUAAAAUUUGCCGAAAAAGUUUGGAAGUCUUGAGAUCAAAUUUGGUUUAAAGCACACUUCUCAUUUUUUAUUCACAAUACAAGAAGCGGAAAUCGCUUUUUGCUGUGGUUUCAUAGUAAAAGACUAUUUUAAAGAUUAAAAAUAUUCACGAGUGGUAAAUUUCUGACACAUACUUUAAAUGCAUUAAAUAGUUUUUCCCUUUUUGCGUUCUUUGUAGGAAUAAAGCAGUCUUUUGGACUUUUUUACUAAGAGAGCCAAGAAAGACAGGAUGCGUCAGGUUUAUCUGUUUAGUUUGUAGCUUACCUGUCAUGUCAUACUCUCUAGGGCGAGAAGCACACUUUGCUUAAAGUUAUUAGGAAAUAGUUUAUGAUAGUUUCAGCUGACUCACUUUGCAGAUGGAGGCUAGAGAAACGC